ACAAGGAAGAGCCUGGCAGCUGUAUAAAACUCCCUCUGAGCUCCAGUCUCCACAGAAGUUCACCAUCCCCAGCAAGCAGCAUGACCAGCCAGUCUCAGGGAAUCCAGCAGCUUUUGCAGGCAGAAAAACGUGCCAAGGACAAACUGGAGGAAGCCAAAAAAAGAAAGGGUAAAAGGCUGAAGCAGGCCAAGGAAGAAGCCACAGCUGAGAUAGACCACUACAGACUACAGAGGGAGAAGGAAUUUAGAAGCAAGGAAACAAGCGUAAUGGGGUCCCAAGGUAACCUCUCUGCCAAAAUAGAAGAGCAAACAACAGAAGCCAUCCGAAACCUCACAAGCAGCUACCACAGGAACAUGGAGGGCAUGAUGAAAAAGCUCUUGAGCACAAUAUUUGACAUCAGCCCUGAAAUUCACCCAAACUUCAGACCUGCAGUUUAAGAUUCACUGAUGUGCUGUGUUUGCAAAGCAAAGUAGCCUUCUUUUUUGAUAAGCAUAAAUACUUCCUCAUGUGUUGUUUCUGUAUGUGUGAGAAAAAAAGAGCACUGAAGCCAAAAGCACACAAUUUCACACAGGCUUUUGAUGUGACAGGAAUUAUACAGGGUUUUACAA